AGAAAGAGCAGAGGUAAGAGCGACCCCCCCGCUGUGACCCCACAGCUCCCAAAGCCCCAUUUUAUCAUGGUUUGGGGCUAUUUCACGCGAUUUGGGGCCAUUUCAUGCGAUUUGGGGCCGGGGAGGGCAGCCGCAGAGCCCCCCCCGAAAUAGAGGAGCUGUGGGGUGCCCGGGAUGAGCCCACCCGAGGUUGAACAUCCCCGGCUGCACCUCGGGUGGGGGGAGAGACGCCAGGAGGGCACCCCAUUAUUUUGGGACGAGCCGAAAAAUUCCUUCGGAGCUCGGAUUUGUAAGGAGCGCUCCUUCGAGCUCUUUUUUUUGGUGUCAAAUCUUGCGGGAUUUGCUUCUUUUUUACGGAGGAGACGCUCGUGGAGCCCUGACUGCACCCCAGGAACAAUGCUUAGCAAUAGGCGCACACACGCGACGGUUUGCAGGGAGGAAUUACCACCAGCGAGUUAAAAUCGGGGCUUGAUUUUAGCUGCCGUGUGUCCGGAGGCUGCUGCUGAAGGAGGUUUGGGUUGUGCAGCUGACGAGACGUGCUGGAGGCCCCUGAGGAUGGAGGAGCGGUCCUGACCCGGGAAUACGUCAGCACGUACUCCAUCCAUCCCAGCCGCCUCGCUAAACUUGAAUACUUGCCGAAUUGGUCAGUGGAUAAAUCCAGCGCCCUUUGGAAAAUAUUGUGUCCCGAGACCUUGCAGAGCUGAUUUCAUCUUUAGCAGCGAUAUCAGUGGAAAGAGUUAGCAAUUGAGGGUUUUGAAGCUGCGCUGCCUUACAAUGAAGACUUAAGUAGUAAUUAAAUUCUCAAAGAACCACCAAGGCUCCUUUGGAUGAAAUGAGGAUGUUCCAGGCUCUGGACGUCGUGUCGUGAAGGAAAGAAUGUUUAGACAUGACUCAGUCAAAGCAGCGAAGACUUCUGUAAGAGAUGGAUAGAUGCAAACAUGUUGGGCGGCUACGACUCGCCCAGGACCAUUCUAUCCUGAACCCGCAGAAGUGGCACUGCAUGGACUGCCAGACAACUGAAUCUAUCUGGGCUUGUCUGAAAUGCUCCCAUGUAGCCUGUGGGAGGUACAUCGAGGAGCAUGCACUUAAACACUUUGAAGAAACCCGACAUCCAUUGGCAAUGGAAGUUAAUGACCUGUACGUGUUUUGUUACCUUUGUGAAGAUUACGUCUUGAAUGAUAACCCCGAGGGUGAUCUGAAACUGCUAAGAAGUUCUCUGUCAGCGAUUAAAAGUCAAAAACAUGAUCCGUCGACGAGAAGUGGCAGGACUUUGCGAUCCAUGGCUUUGGGAGAGGACAUGUGCAACCAUCAAAGGACCCUUCAGGGACAGUCUCAGAUGCUUACAGCUCUCUGGCACAGGCGCCAGUCCUUGCUUACAAAGGCGCUGCGGACCUGGUUUGAUAAGAGCUCCAGAGGCCAGCAAAAAUUACAACAGAAGAAACAAAUGGAGGAGCUGGAGAGGAAGAAGGAGGCAGCGAGGCAGCGGCGGCAGGAGAUGAAGAGGCAGCUUCUGGAGGAGCUGGCAAACACUCCUCCAAGGAAGAGUGCGAGGCUGUUGUCCCACGUGCACAGAGAGAACUUGAUUCCAAGGAAAUUCAGGGAGGUGGCGACCGCUUCCCCUACCUCAAGGCAGAUGCAGAGCAGCAGAUUCAAUCAGUUUUAUUCCAUCCGGCGUAAGCCUCUGAUGACUCCCGGGGUGACGGGUCUAAGGAACCUGGGAAACACGUGUUACAUGAAUUCCAUUCUGCAAGUGCUAAGUCACCUCCAGAAAUUUCGAGAAUGUUUUUUGACGCUUGAUCUCUGUGAAACAGAAGAACUCUUAGCCAAAACUGUGAAUGGGAAGUCUAGGAUGCCUGGCAAAUUGGCAAAUGGAUCCGCUGCUAAUGAGUCAGGGAAGACUGACAAAGUGGGAUCAUAUGGCACGCAGAGCUUGCCAGCUGGCUUAAAUGGUGGCUCCUCGAUAAGCAGGAGUUUAGAACUGAUACAACCCAAGGAACCAAGUUCAAAGCACAUCUCCCUCUGUCACGAAUUGCACACCCUCUUCAGAGUGAUGUGGUCUGGCAAGUGGGCGCUCGUGUCCCCGUUUGCCAUGCUGCACUCUGUGUGGAGUCUGAUCCCAGCGUUUCGGGGCUACGAUCAGCAGGACGCUCAGGAAUUUCUAUGCGAGUUGUUGGAUAAAGUUCAGCAGGAGCUGGAGUCGGAAGGAACGAAGCGCAGGAUCCUCAUCCCUUUCUCUCAGAGGAAGCUCACCAAGCAGGUCCUGAAGGUGGUGAACACCAUUUUUCACGGGCAGUUGCUAAGUCAGGUCACCUGCAUAACGUGCAACUACAAAUCCAACACCGUUGAGCCCUUUUGGGAUCUUUCCCUGGAAUUUCCUGAGCGCUAUCACUCCAUUGAGAAGGGGAUCAUCCCCGUUAACCAGACGGAGUGCAUGCUGACAGAAAUGUUGGCCAAGUUCACAGAGACUGAAGCUCUGGAAGGGAGGAUAUAUGCAUGCGACCAAUGCAACAGCAAACGGCGAAAGUCUUCUCCUAAACCUCUUGUUCUGAGUGAAGCUAAAAAGCAGUUAAUGAUCUACAGACUACCUCAGGUCCUCCGACUGCACCUUAAACGAUUCAGGUGGUCUGAACGCAAUCACCGUGAGAAGAUUGGGGUCCAUGUCCUCUUUGACCAGGUACUAAACAUGGAACCUUACUGCUGCAGGGACUCUCUCUCCUCUCUUGACAAAGAGACCUUUGUCUAUGACCUCUCCGCUGUGGUGAUGCAUCAUGGUAAAGGGUUUGGCUCAGGACACUACACAGCAUAUUGCUACAACACGGAGGGAGGUUUUUGGGUCCACUGCAAUGACUCCAAACUGAAUGUAUGUAGCGUGGAGGAGGUGUGCAAAACCCAGGCCUACAUUCUCUUUUACACUCAAAGAACAGUGCAGGACAAAGCAAGAAUCUCAGAAAAACAACUCCAAGCUCAGGUGCUGUCCAAAAAUAGUGAUAAAGACAGAAGACUGACAUUCCCAUGAUGGGAAGCUCUAUAACUCAAUCAACGGUCUCAGUUGUUUUUUGUUUCGUUUUGUUUUUUUAAACCAUUGGUGUUCACAUCUUUCCUCUUUGUAUGAAAAAAGGCUCACUGCAGGAAGGGGAUCAGAUCGUGGUGCUUGCCGCCCAGGGUCUGGAGAAGUGUAUCAAGCUGUGCAAUUCUGAUGCGUAAGAUUGUAGUCAGAAUCUUGGUUUUUAAUGAAUAUUAUUGUUAAAUUAUGCUCGUAAAACGAAAAGGGAGAGUUUGAUGCUUUGUAUCAUUAGUUUCAUAUCAAAAUAGAUUUGAGUAACACAUGUAACAUGGCACAACCAGGAAACAAAAGCAUUCAACUGGCUUCCAAACACCUUCAGUACCUAGUAAUGCUGACAAACCUCUAGAAGGAGCAGGUAUCGUACCAUCCCCUUUAAUUGUCGUUCAGAUUUCCAGGGUUUGAAUCACACCCAGGUAUUUAUUUUUAUGAUUGUCGGAUAAAUGGUGUUGGCUGCCCUAAAAGCCAUUCUUGCUGAAGAAAUGUUUGACACUCUUCUACAAGAGAAAAUAUUCCCCAGACCUCAGCUAUUUCUGCGAUACUAAUUUAUUUGCUAUCAUUUAAGGGCAAACCUUAUGCAUAAAAAUGGCUUAAAUGGCUGGCUAUUUUUUUUUUUCAGUGUUAUGGGGGCUGUGUGCACACUUGAUGGUUUGUUCUCUAGGCUGAACUGAAUAGGCAGCUAAAUUCACUAGGAAUGUGAUUCUUGAAACAGUUCUGCUCUGGAGAAUUUGUGUUUUGUCUUGUUUUAAACCAAACAAAGAAAACAACAAAAUCACCCUGUAAUAAGACGGGAAUGUACCUGUGUGUGAUCAGUCACAUCUGUUUACAGUGGAAGCAAAAACGAAGCCUAUACUACAAGUUUCUGCUGGCAUAACUGUGCUGAUCAGGUUAUAAAGAAUUCAAAGCCUUGACUUGCAGAGCUGUGACAGCAGAAGCAGUUAGAAUGGAGGCAACUUACACUGGAAAACUGGCACUUUUUUUUUUUUUCUUGUAACAAGUGUGGCUUGUUUUCCUCAGGGGAACAGGAUGAAGGUAAUACCACAACGGUAGGAGACGGAGCUAGGUUCUGCUUCUGCUCCUGUAGUGGGAAUAUUCAUGAACUCUGGUGGUUACACAAGGUCCAGAAUAACUGAAGGCAGUGGGGUUGCACAGAUGUCGUGCUGUCAUGAGCAGAAUUUAACCUGUGAAGUCUUUAUUCCUGCUGGGGCAUAAGGGGAAGGAAUGUAGUUAACUGUCAAAUUACAUGUUGAGCUUGAAAGGCUACCAUAAUGUCUGUAUCUUGUAAUCAUCUUGAUUUUAGAAUGUAGGGCCCUAGUUGACUUUUUAUAGUCACUUCUCAGCCUACGGUUGGACCUCAGGUAUUUUUAUAAUUUGGGGUUUGACUGCUCACGCUUCAUGUUUUAAACAAAGCUGAAUAUGUAACUGCAAAGAUACAGGACAUCUUUCAGUCUUGAUGGUUGCUUUAUUUUUUUUUUAUUUUUUUUUGGAAACGGUUAUAGGUUGCUGUCAUCUAAAAUAUGAGGCUCUUCAAAAAAAUAUAUAUUUUAUUUUCAGGAAGAGAAGUUCUGAAAGCAGGUUUCUCUUCUUCCCUCUUCUACUUUUAUCCUUGCCAUCGUAUGCCCAUCAGACAUAAAUUAAUGUACGUUAUUCUUAGAGGGGGAGAAUAGGAAAAUUUCCCAAAUACCAUUCCUCUUUUUCCACUGCCACUACUGCAAUUUCUAAUUUCCUGUCCUAUGGGCAAAUCGGUCCAUUUUACUUUGGCUGAUGUGUCACUUUAGCCAUGCAGAGAUGAGCACAGCAAACAUGAAACUCCUCUUUUGUUAGAGCUCAGUGCCGCAUUAGGUCUCCUCUGUCCUUAAAAAUUCCCAUUUCCUGACCAUCUGAGGAACACGUGGCUUUCUGAGCCUACAAAAACUGUUUUUUGCCAAUUAUUCUUAAUUGGGAGUUCACAUGCUCAUGUGUAUUUUUGGAGACGAGUCAGUGUGAAACAGUCCUGUGGGAACUAACGGAAAACUUAAACUUCUGUUUCUCUAAAUGUAGCGUGGUCUGGAAGGAUUUCCUAUGAAUGUCUGUAUAUCCUUGUAUUUACUAGGUAGCAUUAUUUUUUGUGCUCCUAGUAAAUAAAAUUAAUGCAAAUGCAAUAGGCCAGGCCGAGAUAGAAUAAAAGUAAGCGUGACCCUGCUGGAUGUGCAGGAAGUUGCUUUGGCUUCAGCACAGGUGGAAGUUGGCAUUCCUGAAGGAAUGGAAAUCACAUGCUCGUGAUAUUUUCAGAUAUGGGAUAUUUUCAGAUAUGUGAUGGAUUCUUUUCUGGAGCAAAACGUGCUGUGUGAAGACUACACGUCUUAGAAGGAAAAUGAAAGGAAAAGGCGUUUGCCGUUGCCUUCUUAAUCUCAGCGGUGGAAGGGAAAGCUGGAGGCUCACAGUUUUACUGUGACUACCAAAUGCUGUGCUCACCGUCCGAAUCCCUUAGCCGUGCUGGCCCUGUUCAUACACAGCCUGAUUGGUACUGCAGUGAGCCGAGACUCUUCGCUGUAAAUGCUCAUCUUUUGACUGAGUGUUUUGCGUUACUAUUUGAAUUCAGGUAGGAAUUGAUACAGCUGUCAGCGAAUAAGUUGCAGAGGGGGGCUGGGAGCGUACCUUUGGGCAUUGGUGCACCUGAUUGCCCGAGCAGAUUUUGUAGCAUGUGCUGUUGACAUCUUUUGACGUUAGUGGCCUCUCCGUGUGAGCCUCGUCGUGCUGAGACAUGGAGAUCCUGCGGUCAGAAAAAUGAUUGCCCUGAUAGGGAAGGAAUGAAUUAUACUUCAAAGUAAACUUUGCUUUUUCCAACACUGUGAGGUUUCUGUAAUAUUUAGCUUUUAUUUGGAAGCGAUAGCGUAUAGCAUUUUUUAUGCUGUUUGGUUUAUAUUUGUCUACUGCAGGCAUCUUUGUAUAAGCAUAGCCCAACGCCCCCAUCGUGGUGGACACUGUUUUAUAGUGUCCUGCUUGCCAGAAAUAAUAAUUGGCAGCUACUUCUUUACAUUAGUAAGACAAACAUACAACUUGCAAUUACAACGAAGCUCACUUAAGUGAAUGCCUGACAAAGUGCAGCCUGUGAUGCAAACUUUGUCCCUCCUUUAAAGGUUUGGCUUCGAAUCCUGCUAGUACAGUGGUACACGUUUAGAAAAAUUCCAAAUGCAGGCUCUACCUCUGCAAACACCUAAGCAAAUGAUGCAACUUAGCUCAGGUGUGGAGUUCAGCAUCCAAAGUUUUGAGUCACAAGCUGAGUGUCUGCAGGAUUAGAAUCUUUCUUGUGGUCCCGCUGGAAGUGGAAUUGGUUUGUGUACGUACAGCGAUUCCUGUACCAGGGCUCAGUCCUGUAACAAGGAGCCAGUUGCCUUGAGAGCUGCUGAGAGCAAGUGCGGGGUUUGUGGCACCCUGCAGGUUAUUUUUGGAGGGCGAAGGAAGCCACUGUCGGGCUUGUGAGCAUGCAGCCUUUGGGGCAGGACUGUUCCCAGCAUGUCCUUCUUCUGUUCAACUUGUAAGUAAAUCGGUGUUUCUUAAUUUUAUGCUUUCAAGAAUGAAGAAUCUUAAUGUAUUCAUGGCCAGGUGUGAUACAACAUCUGCUGUAGUCAUUAGAAAACACUUUAUUUUAGCUAACUUCAUUCCACUAGCGAGUUAAUUGCGCAGAUUUGCCUUUAUGUUACCCCUUUGCUGCCUGCAUGCCCAAGUUAAACUAUGCAUACCACAAAAACGGUUUCUCUGCAAAGCAGUGAAAAAAAAACAAUAUUUUCCCCAUUAGUUCUGACCAGAACAAUUCUACAAUCUGGCUUUGGAGUUGUCAAUGGGAGGCAGCAAAUGGAAGAAUGUGUAUUAAAUGCUUGACAUCAAACUUUUCUGGGUGGCAGCACCACUCCCAUGUACUUAAGGACUUCCAGAAGGUUUUCUGAGCAUAGGAAUCAAAUUGGAAGCAGUAAAAGCAGUAAGUGUGUCCUAUGGACUCACUAUCAGAAGUUAUUUUGGUUUGUAAAAGCAAGGCUUCUAGCAAAAAUAUUGUCUUGGUGGCAAUUUAGACACGCUUAUGUUGACUGUGAUGGCCCCAGGCCUGAGUAUGCUUAAUUGCACCUCAAUGAGAGAGACUAAUGAACCUUCUGGCUGUUGCCCGAUACCCCAGGAUAAGCUACAGUGGAAAUCAACAGUGCUGCAGAAUGAGAGGUACUUAAGGAAGAGACAGUAAGUAGAGGGAGAUUAGUUUUACCUGCCAAUACAAUUUUGUGAACUAAUUUUGUAUGAUUCCUUAGAUUUGGUGCCUUGUAUCCGAUAACGUUUUGCGUGGGACCGAAAUGUUGGGAAAUCGGUCAUUAAUUCCUGACUGAAGCAGCAGAUUUGUGUGUUUUUUGUAAGUACUCUCAAUAUCGCUGACGUUUUUACAUUUCAUAUCGGUAUGGGAGUGGAAAAGUUUACCAGCAAGCUCAGAAGCUAGCGUUUUACUGUUACGUGCUUGAGAUCUCUGCUUUUGGAAUAAUUCAAGGAGCAACUUGUUCAAAGGCAGAUUAGAUUUGGCCUCUUAGAUUUUUCUCAUGCCAUCUGGGCCCCUUGCAGCCAGGUCAGUGAGAUGACAUCCACCACAUCAUGUAACGUGGUGCAGGGAACACACACUCCAGUGGUUUUUUUUGGGUAGAGUGGCUGUAGCUUUGGAAAGGACCUUCUGUUACAAGUAAUGGUAAUGGCUGGUUUAGAAAAGAAAGAAUAUACAUGUAGUUACCCUUGCCAUGGUCAUGUUUGCACAGAUUUCUUCUUAGCAGCCUAGCAAACAUCUCUGCACCUGAGCAGACCUGUCGUGGUAAUGCCUGGGUGAGUGAGUUAUGCAAGAUAUCCCUUGUGUAAGGUGGCCAAGUGGCCCUUCUUCAGAGUAAGUGGUAAAACCCAAGCAGCAGCUCUGAAUUCUGCCUUUUUGUGUGUUUAAUCCCUUCAGCUGGUUUGAGAUCAGAUAGGAUGGACUCAGGCAGAGAAUUUAUUGCCCGUGGGAAGAUAAAACCUCAAUUAAGUGUUGUUUUUUUAAUGUCUAUUACAUUAACAUUGAUACCUGCUUAUUGUGGGUAGAUAGAUGGGAAUGUGAAGCAUUCUAACAAGCUUUUAAAUUUGUAAAAUCUACAGCACAAAUGAAUGAUCUUAAGCUAUGUGUGUCGGUUACCUGUACCGACCUGUGAUUGUUUGUAUUAGUUCAUUUAAGAGGUGUGCCUUGGGGCCACUCCUUCCAUCGUGCGUAUUUUAUUUUCUGUGUGUGAGAGAGAGAAUGGGUUCCACUUGUUUAAAGGAUAACUGCAUGAUGGGCCAAAACACCUCCAAAAGAGUUCUUAGGUCUUAAAAAUGCUGUUUGCAAUGUACGUUUCCAAAAGGGGGAAGGAAAAAAAAAAAUAAGACCGGGCCAGUGGGUCCGAAGACUGACUUUAACUUUAACCACUGUUCAUUAUUUAUUGUUUUGAAGCGUGUGCACAACACGGAGUGCAGUUACAGCAAAGUGCUCUCCCCUUUGGGUUCUUCUUGAACUGCCGGACUACUGAUUUUGUGCAGGUUGGGGCGAGGCAAGGGGACGGGAGGAAUGGAACAACCAGCAACGAUAAAGCCAAGCUGAGUGCAGCAGUGAGCUGUGGUCUGCGUUCAGCAGAGACAGGAAGCAUCUGAUACACAGAUCUCAUGUGUCAGACGAUUGCAUAUUUUGCAGGUGUAAGCAUUAAAAUCCAAAUGCAGUCUCAUUAGCAGCAAGCUCCCAGUUUGGGGGGCAAAAAUUUCUCCUCUCAGUAAUCUCACACUGGCAAACGAAUGGUGCUUUUCCAUUAAAAAUUGCAGUUCCUAAGGAACAGUACCCCAAAUCCUCAAGUUUUUUUUUUUUUUGUUUGUUUGUUUUUAAAAAAAAGCUACCUGCUUAAAGCCCACAAUGUCACUGUAAAUGCUUCCAUAACUGGAAGUGAGAAAGGAGGUGAUGCAGUUGGUGACUGAACACAAUUUGGUUUGUGCUUUUUAGUCUUGAUGCCAUACUUUGAGUAGAGAUGGCAGGUAGCGAAUUUCCCUUUUUUUUCCCCCCCUGCUAAACCUCCUGUUCUGGGCCCUGACUUGUCAAAGUACAACUAGAAAAGGCCUGCUUCAGUUCCUGCUAUACAGACACUUUCCGUGGGAGCGUGAGGCUUUUGAAUGUUCCUCCUGCUGAAGAGGCACCGGCAGCGUUAAAUGUUGCUUAGCCUUAUUUCCUUAGAUAACCACAUCCAUGCUGUGGGGAUAACUUGUACUGCUACAGCUCCAUCAGUAGGGUCAAAUCAACGCCCCGUUUGCGGAUAAACGAGGUUAAAGAAUGUAUUAUAAUGUGGGCACGCCAGAGCCCUGCAGGUGAGCGAUGCCACCACAGGCUUGUGGUGCGCUGCUGAAUAGGAUCUGUAGGUAAGAAGUUGGGAUAAGCACCCCUGGGGCUCCUUCUCCUUUCUGCAUAGCUCUGUACCUCGGAUUUGGGAGUAUCUCGUAGCACGUGUCAUCUUUGCUCUCCUUACAUUUAUUAAAUGGAGGCACUAGGCCUGGCCCUGGUGGCUGUUUCCUACUGCUACGAGAUGAGCUCCGCGUAUCCAUGUGCAGAUCAGGUUUUCCCCUUGUUUAUCAGACAUGCAACAGAAACCUAGAGCCUGUAAAAGAGGUCCUAGUUUUUCCCUGCUUAAUUUCAGCUUUGGUUAAGCAGUCACACCCUGAGCCACAGCCUCCUCGACAUCCACUUAAAUAAGCAGUUUGCAGCAAAGGAACAAGUGGCUAAGUUUGUUUCCAGUCCAACUCUUUGACAAAUCUGUUUUUCCACAGAACAAACCUGUUUGCGAUGUUCAGGAUGGUUCCAGCAGCUGCUCAGAGCAGUGCUGAGCUCCUUCAGGUGUGGCAGGCGCGGGUGGGAUGCUGCCGGGGAGCCCCUGCUUCCACUAAUACCCCGGAAGCUCUGCUGUUGACUUGAGCAAGGGCAGAAUUAAUCUUCAGGCCUUUUAAAGUUAAUCCUGCUCUAAGUUAAGAUCCCUGGAAGGGUGCUGUUGGCAAAGGCUGGGCAGAGCACGAGCGUUUUUCUUUCAGGACAAAAUCCUCUUGCAGCCCCUGUGAAAACAAGAGUAAAAAGCUGCCCUGCUUUCUUGGCUAAGGAUCAAAGCUGGAGCUUGGGUGGGUUUCCUGAUUUCUCAGUGACUUCUGGGGGGGGCUUUAGGUCAGAACAGCCUCAAGUUUCUGCUUCGAGUUUCUGCUGCUUAUGUUGCUAAUGACUUAAGCCGGUGUAUGCCGUGCUGUGCUCAUGAAUGAGACCGCCUUUGCUUCAAGGACACUCCCAGGCAGCAGCAAGGGACAAGAGAAUCCAAUUAAUGACCGAAUGUUUCUGGCGCUCUGUCCAGCUGCCUCACUGCUCAGCGCGAACGCUCGAGGCACUGCUCCUAAUCACGGGGUCAGCAGCUUUUAUUUUAGUCAAGGUUUAAGACAACAUCAAGUAAAAGCCUAAUGUACUUAGCUGCGUGAGCUCCCCCCUGCCUGAACCCCGGCCUCAGGAGGCGAUUAGUGUGUUCUAAAUCAAAACUCUGAUUAACUAGAAAAUGACCUAAUGUUCUAAUUAAUCCCCUUUUCCUUCAGAAACUGUUCCUGCAGAACUCGGAUUAUCCAGACUUCACAAGUUUGUUUCUUUACAGGAUGUAAGAAGUCCUGCUUUGAACGCAGCAUUUUGGAACAUCUGUGUCAGUAGUGGAAAUAAUUUCGGGCAGGUUAAAGGGGCAGUUCUCAGCCACAAAGCGUGGGGGCAGUGCUACUUGAAAGGAAUGUCUUAAAUUAAAAACCCGUGUACAACUGUCCAAAGAAUGCGAAGCCAUGGUGCAGUCACACUGCUGUAACGCUCAGGGCUGGGAAGUUAUUUUGCUCCACGAGCAGCUUCUUGGAGCUGCAGUGUCCCCUGCCUGCUGAAAUCACACCUGCAGCUCCCGGCAGCCUCACCUGGGGCUUUCACUGCCCCUCCAACAGCUUCGCCACCCCCAGCUGGACUCCCAGGCAGGAAAGGCAAGCCGUAGUUUCAGGCAAUGGAAUUAAAAUGCUAUGCAACACCAAAUGGCUUUUUUUUCCCCCUCAAAAAAAAAAUCCUAAUUCUUUUAAACAUCCCAGCUUUAUCUCAGCCAGACAUUACCCAUGAAACCUUCCGGUGGUUAGAGUUUACCUAGGGCUUUUUACAGUUUUGUUUUUCCUUUGAAUAAGUAGCUGAUGGGUCCUGCUUACAACCCAGGACUGGACUUGUUCCUUUGUCUUUUGGGUGUGAAAUAUAAAUCAUGUUUUUAUGAUUUUUUUGUAAAUCUUUACUCUUUUUACACCUUGUUUUUGUAAGCUGAAGUUUCUUAUUAAAAAAAUGAAAUUCCA